CGGUGUGACACACUGCGGGAAUGAUUGAACUACCGUAACAUAUGACGUCAUCCUGAACGCUAUUCGUUACGAUUAAAACAUGGAUGUCAGUUUGAAUGCGCUGCUGUUUUGGAUUUGCGCGACGAUUGUUCUGCAUCCUGCGCUGGGUUGGCGGAGCUAUCAACCCUUCAAUCUGGCUAGUACUUCAUACAAUGGAGGAGAUAAUCCACAGCAACAACCCUAUCAACAGCAACUGCUGCCGCAGCAACAACAGCAGCAACAGCAGCGGCAGAAUUUCCGGCCAGGAAAUCGUCCAAUAUUUACUUACACGUUGUCACCUCUCCAAGUAGAAAGCUUAUCUGUUAAGCAUAUGCAUCGUUUACCGCAAGGAAAAGAGACAUGGAUCCCUGCCCUUUGGGCACGAUAUAGAGCUUCUAAGAAGGUAUGGCUAGAUCAGACUAGCACAUCUGCACCUGAGUGGGACCGAAGUGCCGUACAACCCUAUUAAGGUCUUAUCAACAGAAAAGUGCUCCGAGCAUAGAAGCUCCAUCCGAGAGAUGACAACGCUGACCUUCUUUACUUUACAGAUGUUUUAUCAAACAAAUGUUUCUAAGCAGUUAAAAACUUAAGCAGA